AUGGAACCGGAAUUUGAAGAUCAAGACCGCAGCGAUAACUUGGCCCCCUGGUCAGGUUCAGAUGGGUCCCAGGAGUUUUAUGUGUCUGGAUCCUACAAUGAAGAGGAAGUUAGUGAAGCAGAGUACCACUUGGACCCAGAAAAUACUCAUAUCCUCAAGUCUGACCCUGACUCCGACUCCCCAGAACACCUUCAAGACUGGGAAUCUGCAGGUGAGCAACAGUCCCUGCCUGAACUUACUGGAAGUGAAGAAGAACUUUCAUACCAGGAGGAGGAUGACAUCUACCUUAGUGAAUCAAGAGAGUCCACUACAGAGUCUCCUCACAUCCGAGCCUCAGAGCCUUCCUUGCAUUCAGAGUGUCCAGACUCUGAGGAUCAUGCUGGCAAGAUAUCACGGCCACAUUCCCAGUCUUCUUUCUCCUCUAUUGGCUGUGCUGCUGAUAUGACCGUGGCCUUGACCCUGACCACAGGACACCCCCAGGGAGCCAGUAAUAGAAAGGGCCCAGAGACUGGGAACAGCAAGCUUGAAUCUUCAGAGGAAGGAGGGAGCAGCGAAGCACCUCCUGCUUCUGUCUCCUUUGGAAUUUCAGAUGAGGGUGCUGAGCAGGCAGAGAAGUGGAACUCAGAGUCUGACACAGAUCUGUGCAGACCAGACAAGCACAGGACAAGGUACACACGGUUCAGUCACAGCGACAGCCAAUCAGAAAGACAUGUCAAGGAGACCAAGUCUAAAUGUAAGAGAAUUGCUCGGCUUCUAACUGAUGCACCAAACCCCCGAAAUAAGGGAGCCCUGCUGUUCAAAAAACGUCGGCAGAGAGUCAAGAAGUUUACGCUUGUGAGUUACGGAACUGGUGAAAACAAGCUUGACGGCGAAGACCAAAUAGAGGAGGAAACUGAAGAAGUUACAUCAGCCGGGUAUAACUUUGUGGCCACAAGUGAUUCUGAGUUAGAGGAGCAGUAUUCUCUUUAUCAUCAGCAGCAUAAUUUGAGUCUGAAUUGGGGAAGUGCCCGAGAAAUGGAAGCUCUACCAGAGACAAAAGGGAAGGGAGUUUUGAUGUUUGCCCAGCGGCGCAAACGAAUAGAUGAAAUUGUGUCAGAGCACGAAGAGCUGAGGAGUAAAGGAUUACCUGUGGAGGCAUUAACAGUACCCGAAUGUGCAGAACCACAGAAUGUUUACGACACUGAAGAAAUGUAUGUGCAUGCUGAUCAGGCUGAUCAACUUUACAUGGAUGCAAAUCUCAAGCAGCAUGGAGAAUACCAAGAAGAUUUCCAACAGAUGAAACAUCUGUCCAAUUCGACAAAACCCUUGGUGCCAAACAGAACUGCAAAGCCUUUUCUAGGAUUUCAAGAUAGCCCAAGUUCUCCCCACACACCUGGGAGCGUUGUUCCAGUUACAAUGAAGCAAGAAGCAAGAUUUAAAGUACCUGUUCCUAUUAACACUAACCCACUGGUUUGGUCUCCAACUGGUGACAUUAUAGCCUCAAGAGAUGAACGAAUAUCUGUGCCAGCCAUCAAAACUGGCAUUCUACCGGAAUCAAAACGGAAACCAACUAAUAAACAGUCAUCAAGGCCAGCACAAGAUUUGGCUCUUCACAUUCAAAACAAAGGGGAAAGGAGGUCUUAUAUUGAGUCGGAGGAAGACUGUUUUAGUCUAGGUGCUGAAGCUUGUAACUUUAUGCAACCUAGAACAAUAAAGCUCAAGAACCCCCCUCCAGUCGCCCCGAAACCCGCCAUCAACCCAAACUGCCCACCUUGGAUGAGAAGGAGUCCCUCCAACGAACCCUAUAUUCCACCAAGAAGUCCGGGUUCACAACCUUCGCACAGUCCUGUAGGUCCUCAUAGCCAGCACUACUUACAGCAACAAGACUGGGCUCAGCCUCAACAGAUGGCCAACCGUUGGGCACCAGAUCAAACUCAGGCAACACUUCAAACACCUGCUAAUGCCUGGGCUCCAGUCACCUCCUCUUCUCAGCUUCAUCUUCAGCCAACCACAAAUAGCUGGAGUCAACAGCCGCAACGAUCCCCUGUGAGUAUACAGACCCACAGCCCACAGUCAAAGAAUAUGCCAGAUAGCACUCUGGAUUCAAUUGCCUCUUGCCCACCACAAACAGGGAAGUCAUAUAUCCACUCAUCAAAAGCGCCAGAGGUUUCUCCGAAGGGUCGUGUCUCAAACAGAGGUCCCAUUCAGGCUGGCGAUGGCUCUGCCAUGGCUGGAAAAGGUGCAAAAUUGUUUGCCAAAAGACAGUCCCGUAUGGAGAAGUUUAUUGUUGAUGCUGAAACAGUGCAAGCAAGCAAAACCAGAUCCCCCUCCCCAGCCUCGUCCCUUCCAAACUCUUGGAGGUAUUCAUCGAAUAUUCGUGCACCACCUCCAUUAUCAUACAAUCCCCUUCUUUCUCCUUUUUACCCUGCAGCCAAGCAACCCCCUUCCACAAGCCCCAAAAUCAAUCCCAAGACCAAAGAGAAAUCUAAAUCAGCCCCCAAGCACCUCAACUCUUUAGAUAUAAUGAAACAUCAGCCUUAUCAGUUGGACUCAUCACUGUUCAAAUAUAAUGUGAUCCCUGAAGCCAAAAGCUCCAGCCCCAGCCCCGGCCCCGGCCCCAGUCCCAGUUCCAAACCAGCCCCAGUGUCAAAGUUUGAGGCUACCAAAAACCUUAAACUUAGAGUUGCCUCUGCUCAUUCUCCUUAUAAUACCUCUGAGCUUGCUGUUAAAAGCAAAGCAGAAGCCCCAACUAAGUCUCCUGGAUCGGGAUUUGGUAGAAGUCGUUCCCUGAGCCUGCCCAAGAGACUGAAUUCAGUGCCUUCUCCUGGACUGCUGUCACCUGUGAGCACACCUGGGAUACAACCAAUACAGAGGAAAACAUCAUUGCAAGAAAAAGUCUGCAAACCACCGACACCAUGGGAGGCAGCUUCAAGAAGCCCAUUAGGCUCAGUGGAUGAAGCAUUUUUGUUUCUCCCCUCAUCUGUCACUACUAAUGUCAAAGCUGCAGAGCACCGGGGAUCUUUGCCAGAGCCUCCAGAAGAAUGGAAGCGCAGGGUGUCUCUUGAUCCUGCACCUGUCAGCAAGAGUCAUUAUCAUCAUGAGACCCCAGCUUUUCAUGCUCUUACCCAGAGCAGGACAUUCUCACCUGAGAAACCAGCCUUCUAUGGGCCUCCCUUCAGACCUGCCCAGCCUCUUAGGGCCAGUAUCGGGCACAUGACACAAGGCUCCAGUCCAACAAAGUAUUCUCCUGUGUACAGUGAAGUCCAGCGAAGUUAAAACUGCUGAGACAAAAUUGGAUAUAAAAGAAAGAAAAUAAUAAAUUAUAUUAACAUUAUAGGGUGCAGCUGUUCAUUCAAAGUAUAGUAAAUAUGAAAUGUUGAAUAGCGUGCUUAUCUCAAGCAGAUGGACUUCCGUAUGUUGACUCUAUCUAUUUGAUGAAAAAUUAGGUUGUUAGUGGCAUGAGUAGGGUAAGGCUUUGGGCACAGUUUAAGCUAUUUGUUAUGUAGGUUUUGCAUUUAUGGCAGGAUGGAUGGCUGUGUUCAUGAUAUGAGAAAUCACGUGGUUUAACGCAAGAAGGUACUGUGAUGAUUGUGUGAGAUAUUAGCUCAGCUUUGAUGGGAGGUUUUACAACACAGUGGCAUUUAAGACAAAUGGUAAUAUGCAUGUGUUAACAUAAGUUUAAAUGAACACUGCUGUAACCAUUAAAGAUAUCACUCAUCCUAUAAUAAUCAGACUUUCUCUCAAUCCUAAUGUAGUGGCACCAAUCAUUUCCAUUCAUUUCAUUCACUUUUUGUUGGCUGUCUUUUAUAAACAAGUGUAUGAGCCACAAUACAUUUUCACAAUACACAAUACACAAUACAAGUAGGAACCUCACAGUCAGUGUUAUUUUUUUUUUAAAAAAACUGUUGAACUGCAUGUUGGCUUUUUAUUUUAUUUUUUAUUUUUGCUUUUAUUGUGUUUAUGUUUUAACAUGAAUGAAUCUGGCAUGCAUGCAUACAUUUAUGAAGUAUCCCACCUUUGAUCAGACACUGUGUGGUGUUAAAGUGUUAACAGAAGCAGAUGCUGUCCUUGAGUGCCAGAGUUUCCACGUGACGUGUGCAGAUUUAAAGUUGGGCUUUUACCGUGUGAAGUGCCAUUGUUUUCACUUUUAAACACAAGCAAUAAAAGAGAUUAAACACAAA